AUGUCAUCUUUUUUCACACUGCCAGCGUCUCAGCGCAAGCGGAAGAGAGACGAUCGUGUGGCCGCACCUGGGUCGAAGAAGCGGGGAAUUGCAGCAAAAGGAAAUGCCCGAGAAGAUGUCUCACGAAGGAGACAAGAGCGUGAUGACGACGAGUCUAUAUCAGGGAGCGAUCUUGAGGACGCCGACGCCGAAGAUGUAUCUCAAUCUGGUCUUUCGGACGAUGCGACUUCAGAGGACUCGGACGAGGGCGAAACAGCAGCAGAACGAAGACUGAAGCUUGCAGAAAGAUAUCUGGAGAACAUCCGUGAGGAGGUCGAUGAGGCUGGGUUUGAUGCAGCUGAGAUUGACCGUGAUCUGAUCGCUGAACGAUUAAAAGAGGAUGUGGACGAAGCAAAAGGUCGCAUAUUUCGAAAGAUUGCUUCUCAACUCAAUUUCUCUGGCGCUUCACAUUCCUUCUUCCGAGCCGAUACGCAGACAACUACUAGCGUUGCUAUCCACCCUCCGUUCGCAUACACCGUCUCGAAAGACCGAACUUUGAUUAAAUGGGAGUUGAUAACACCCAAAGGUUCGCAAAAUACAAAGAACAAUAGCGAGAGAAAAAGGCCCGAUCAUCCCGGAAAGAAGAAACCCAUCAAAUUAAAAUUCGUCAAGGGUCUAAAGAAAAUUCGCGGUAGUAAGGAUCCUCAGGGACAUACUGGGAAUAUAUUGGCUCUUGCGGUAUCACCGUCUGGUAAAUAUCUUGCCACAGGAGGUGAAGAUAAGAAAUUAAUAAUCUGGGACGCUGAAACGCUCACUCCCAUGAAGACAUUUACACAACAUCGGGACACUGUCAGCAGUCUCUCGUUUACACGACAUAUUUCUUCACACAGCUCAGGAGAACAAUUGUUUUCCGGCUCUUUUGAUCGCACAAUCAAGACAUGGUCACUCAGCUCUGGAGGUCACGCGUACGUGGAAACACUAUUCGGACACCAAGAUCAUGUCUCCUCAGUGGCAUCAAUGAUGACAGACCAAUGCGUAAGCGUUGGAGCCCGUGACCGAACAGCACGUCUCUGGAAAGUGAUUGACGAAACCCAGCUCGUGUUUCGCGGGGAAUCCUCCAAAAAGGAACAAUACCAGAACAACACUAUUGACUGUGUGGCUGUCAUACCACCUACACACUUCGUUACGGGAUCCGAUUCGGGCUCCUUAUCGCUCUGGUCCAUCCAUAAGAAAAAGCCUUUACAUACCAUCCAACUUGCACAUGGCGUCGAUCCAAUACCUCCCCCCGAAAAAGUAUCAUCAGAGACGAAUCCUGAAACUGCAGCUCACAAUACCCGCUUCUUGCGUCCCAUGCCACGAUGGAUUACAGCAUUGACCACAGUACCCGGUACAGACGUCGUUCUCAGCGGGAGUUGGGACGGUUGGAUCCGGGCCUGGAAAGUCUCAGACGACAAGAAGACACUUAUCUCUCUUGGACCGUUAGGGUCUACUCGAACCCCGCAACCAAAACACACAUUCUUCAAAAACGGCGACGUUGAACAACAACAACAACAACAACAACAACAACAACCCACAAGUAACAUGGAAAUCGAUCAAAAACCAGAAGAAGAAAUGGAAUCACUACCACUCCUAAAAGGCGUGGUAAACAGCAUAGCAGUCUUUGAACGACGACCCGAAGCCAACAAAUCCGGCACAAUAACAACAAAGUCCAAAAAGAAGAAAUCUUCUUCCAAGUUAGCAGCAGCAGCACAAUCAGAAAAGGCGCCGAUUCGCGGACUAUGUGUUGUAGCUGCCCUAGGCAAAGAGCACCGCUUCAGUCGCUUUAACUGUUUCGCAAAUAAUCAUUACAAGGGCCCCAGUACCGAAGGCCGGAAUGGAGCUGUGGUCUUUGAGGUUCCGUUUUUCGAUAAUGUGGAUCAUGAGCAGAUUGAAUUGGAGGCUGCUGAGACUGCUGAAUAG